AAGAAAAGGACCAGGCCCAAAACUGCCGCCGUCUGUGGCUACCCAAUAAGCAUCUUCUUCAUCGUGGUCAAUGAGUUUUGCGAACGCUUCUCCUACUAUGGCAUGCGAGCCGUGCUCGUGUUGUACUUCAAGUACUUCCUGCAGUGGGACGAUGACUUUUCCACCACCAUCUACCACACCUUUGUGGCCCUGUGCUACCUGACGCCCAUCCUGGGGGCCAUCGUGGCCGACUCGUGGCUCGGCAAGUUCAAGACGAUCAUCUACCUGUCCAUCGUUUACACCUUGGGACAAAUCAUCAUGGCUAUAAGUGCCAUCAAUGAUCUCACAGAUGCCAACAAGGACGGCAAGCCCGACAACUUGCCCCUCCACGUAGGUCUGUCCAUGGUGGGUUUGAUCCUCAUCGCCCUGGGAACAGGAGGAAUCAAACCCUGCGUCGCUGCGUUUGGUGGAGACCAGUUUGAAGACCAUCAGGAGAAGCAGAGAGGCACCUUCUUCUCCAUCUUCUACCUGUCCAUCAACGCCGGCAGUCUGCUGUCCACCGUCAUCACCCCCAUCCUCAGAGCUCAGGAAUGUGGGGUCGUUCCCCAAGCGUGUUACCCGCUGGCCUUCGGUGUCCCCGCCGCUCUCAUGGUCGUCGCUCUCAUUGUGUUCAUUGUUGGAAGUGGCAUGUACAAUAAGACGGCCCCUCAAGGCAACAUCAUGGUGAAAGUCUGCAAAUGCAUCGGGUUUGCCAUCAAGAACCGCUACAGGCAUCGCUCCUCUCAGUACCCGAAGAGAGAACACUGGAUGGACUGGGCAGACGAGAAAUACACGAAACUCCUGAUCGCUCAGGUGAAGAUGGUGCUGAAGGUGCUGUUCCUCUACAUCCCACUGCCCAUGUUCUGGGCUCUAUUUGACCAGCAGGGCUCGAGAUGGACGCUCCAGGCGACCACCAUGGACGGGGACUUUGGAGUCCUCAUCAUCCAGCCCGAUCAGAUGCAGACUGUCAACCCCAUCCUGAUCCUGAUUCUGGUGCCAGUCGUGGACAGUUUGCUCUACCCACUGAUUGCCAAGUGCAAUUUAAACUUCACUCCGUUAAAGAGGAUGACUGUCGGGAUGGUCUUCGCCGCUCUGGCGUUCGUGGCCGCUGGUCUGGUCCAGAUACAGAUCGACCAAACCCUGCCCAAGUUCCCAUCAGGCACUGAGAGCCAAGCCAAGUUCAUCAACAUGGUGGACAUGCCGCUGCCCAUCAAGACAGGAACCCACGACUUUACCCUGGAGGCGUACACGGCGCGUGAGGAUUUCCUGACCUUCAAUGAGCCGUUCGAGCUGGUCCUGCCCAACAACUCCUACUUUGUUAAUUUUAAGGAUGGCUCUCGAAAUACUGUCGUCAUCUUCCAGGAUGGGGCUCUACAGACUGCUGCACCUUUCGUCGACAUCAUAGAAAAGCCGCAACAAGGAGCUAACGCCAUCAGAUUCCUGAACGGCUUCAGCUCCGCUCUGAAUGUCACAAUGGGUGACCUGGACUUCAAGGCCAUCCCCCCUAACGACAUGUCAAUAUACCUCAACGUGAGACAGGGAAAUGCUGAGUUCAAGAUCAAGAAUGAGACUGGAGGGGAGUGCACCUACAGUCAAGAACUGGGCUUUGGCAGCUCGUACACUCUGAUGAUCCUUCCCACGUUCACAAUGGGGCCAAACUGUGCAGAUAACAUCCGAUCAGUGAUGACCAUCAGUCCCAACACCAUCCACAUGGCCUGGCAGAUUCCUCAGUAUUUCCUCAUCACUGUGGGAGAGGUGGUGUUCUCUGUCACUGGCUUGGAGUUCUCCUACUCACAGGCCCCGAGCAACAUGAAGUCCGUGCUGCAGGCUGGAUGGCUGUUGACUGUGGCUGUCGGGAACAUCAUUGUGCUCCUUGUCGCAGAGCUUAUAAAACUCCCAGAGAAGUGGGCUGAGUACAUCCUCUUCGCCUCUCUGCUGCUGGUCGUUUGCGUUGUCUUCUCCAUCAUGGCCUACUUCUACACCUACACCGACCCGACCGUGAUAGAGGCCCAGUUUGCCGAGCUCGAUCCCGAUGAGAAGAAGCGGAAGAACUCGGUGGAAAUGGCCAGUAAGGACAAGAUCAAGCCCCGCGACAGCUCCUCUGACUCCAGCUCGGACGAGGAGGAAAGCCGACAGUCCAAGAUGUGA